AUGCCAUAUCCGGAGCUUAGAUGCGGGGCACAGUCGCUAUUGGAGCCCAUGGCCCCCAACAAGGACAACGCCUUCAACCCUUGCUUUUUAACAGCCACCCUAGCACUACUGAGUUUUGUCUUUGCAAUAUCUGGGUCACUUGCACUCGUUGGACUACUACGGAGCCCCAAGUUUGGCAGCCUGUUGCUGUUGUUGCUGCUGCUGCCCAGAAGCACAGGCUGGUGGCACUACUUUCGUCUGGCAGCGGUCUUGGUGGAGGUUGUGGUGUUUGCCUACGUGUCGAGCUUCAUUAGCAUCCACGAACGGUUCGCCGAUCAGAAACUCGUGGCGUUUGGCAUCACCAAUUUGCUCCUCGUGUUCAUCAUCUUGCCCUUGCAUGCCUUGGAGCCGUCGCGUGCGCCCGUGCAGCAGAGCGUCUUGUUGAUUUGGUGGCCCAUUUUCACACUCUUCAUGAUGGCAUUGUAUUUCCAGGAUAACUAUACCGAUUGGGUCGUCAUCCAGCUGGUGAAGUCCAUCAAGCUGGUGGAGUUGUUUUUGAUUCUCGACGCCGUGGCUAUUUUCUACAUGGAGUAUUUCCGGUGGAGGCCCAGUGCGGAAUUGAUCACGGCUUUUAAGCAAAGGGGAGACGAGGCGAAGCUCAGAAAGCCAAACGUGAUCGAGGAGAUUACCUUCACCUGGAUGAACGAGUUGAUCAUGAACUCGUAUAGAAACAAAACCGUCACCAGCACGGAGUUGCCCGACUCGCCAGAAAAGGUGUCGACAGAGUAUUCCGCCGACAUUUUGAAAAAAUACUGGCGCGGGGGAAACUUGGUGUUGGCAUUGCUCAAGGCGUUUGGCGUGGGGCUCUUGGUUUCGUUUGGGUACGAAAUGUUGGGGAAAUUGCUCAAUUACACCAAGCCGCAGCUACUCCGGUUCUUGAUCUUGUACUUCAGCAUCGACAACCCGCCCGCGUUGCAAGGGUUGUUAAUUUGCUUCGCCAUGUUUGUCAACUUGAUCGUGCAGACUUCCUUGAAUAACAAGUACAUGUUGAAGAAUCUCGAAAACGGGUUGGACGUGCGCAGCUCGUUGAUCUCGCUCAUGUACCAGAAAUCGCUUGUGCUUUCAAGCGAGGCAAAGCUCAAGACUUCCUCCGGUGACAUCAUCAACUUGAUGUCGGUUGACAUCAACAGAAUCCAAAGUAUGUUGCAGAAUUUGAGCAUCCUCGUGCUUGCCCCCUUUGACAUCAUAUUGUGUCUCGUGUCGCUCUGGCCCCUCUUGGGCAAGUCGACGUUGGCGGGCGUUACCGUGAUGGCGGUGUUGAUCCCCGUGAAUGCGGUGUUGGUGCGGUACUCGCGCAGAUUGAACAAGAAGCAAAUGAAACUCAAGGAUGCACGAACAAGAAUCAUCAACGAGAUCUUGACGUCGAUCAAGAGCAUCAAGUUGUACGCGUGGGAGAAACCGAUGCUUGGGAAAUUGAAUGAAGCGAGAAACGACAAGGAGUUGAAGAAUAUGGUCUACAUCAGGCUCGUCAGCGUGGCCUCCAACUUUGUGUGGUACAUCAUCCCCAUUUUGGUGAGCUUGUUGUCGUUUGGGUGCUUUGCGUUGACCCAAGAUAUCCCAUUGACUCCCGACAUUGUGUUUCCGGCCUUGUCGUUGUUGAACUUGCUUUCUUCGCCGCUUUACGAACUACCUGCGGUGAUCACCUCGGUGAUUGAAGCACAAGUUGCCAUUGACAGAGUUUGCGAUUUCUUAAAGUGCGAAGAGCUCGACGAGAGUUUCUUUCGCAGGCUCCCUCGCACGAGCAAUGUCAGCGUCGGGAAAGUAGUAGUCGAAGUGAAGAAUGCCUCGUUUUACUGGACCAGAAAGAGCUAUCUUGACGAGGAGCAGCAGCAGCAGCUGCUGCUGCUGCAGAAUAUUGAAGCGGGCGAGGGCGACAAGUUCCACGCGUUGAGAAAUGUAAACUUUUCCGUCAACAAGGGUGACCUUGCAUGUGUGGUGGGUAAAGUCGGCAGCGGCAAGACGUCCUUGUUGUACGCUUUGCUUGGACAAAUGAUCGUAACGCGUGGAAGUGCAAAAGGAGAUGGAGACGGGGAUGAGCUGCCACCUCCAUCUGUCGAGAUCAAUGGUUCCAUCGCGUAUUGCUCCCAGCAGCCGUGGAUCAUGAAUGCAUCAGUCAAGGAAAACAUCUUGUUUGGAUGCAGAUUCGACCCCGAGUUUUACGAAAAGACAAUCGACGCUUGCCAGUUGAAGCCCGAUCUUGAGAUUUUGCCCGAUGGCGAUGACACGCAAGUUGGCGAAAAAGGUGUCAGUUUAUCCGGUGGACAAAAGGCCCGGCUUGCACUUGCGAGAGCCGUUUAUGCCCGCGCUGACAUUUACUUGAUGGACGACGUGCUCUCUGCUGUGGACUCGCACGUGGGGAAGCAAAUAAUUGAAAAAGUGCUUAGCCGUGGUGGGUUGCUUGGUUCCAAAACCAUUAUAAUGUGCACCAACUCCGUGUCGGUGUUGAAUUACUCCAGCAGCAUCAGUCUUAUUGACGAAGGAGUUUUUGUUGAGACUGCAAAGUAUCUCGAUGUAGACGAGAAGCACCAUCCGAAGUUGUUCAACUUGAUCAAAAACCAUAGCAAGGACACAAACGGGCCAGAUUUAGUAGCCUCGCUGCCAUCAAACACUACUGCAUCGGAUUCGUCGCUGCCAAGCCUAUACGAAGACAAAACACCUCAGGAAACCGCCCCCGCCAUUGCCACCACCACCACUACCACCCGUCAGAAAAAUGGGUCAAGCUCAAGGAGAGCCAGUAUCGAGACUUUCCACUGGAAUCCGCUCCAGAAACUCUUGCCGAAUUUGAAAACGGGCCAGAUGCAAGAGGAAAGCCAAAAGGGUAAAGUUAAAUGGUCAGUUUAUUUCGCUUAUUUCAAAGCUUGCUCAAGCACCGGUAUUGUUGUCUGGAUGGCCGUGCUAGUUCUCGGCAUUGCUCUAUCCGUUGGCGGCAAUUACUGGCUCAAGUACUGGACCGAGCAAAACUCGGAACUGGGGUCUAACAACAAUGUAUGGAACUUUUUGUUGAUCUACGCUGCCUUUGGAGUCGGCUCGACAAUCGCAAACGUCCUCAGAACAGGUAUCCUAUCGUUGUGGCUCGGGUUGAAUGCAUCCCGCAAGAUCCACGACUCUAUGGCUGUCCAAAUCAUGCGUGCGCCAAUGGGUUUUUUCGAAAGAACCCCAGUGGGAAGGAUCAUGAAUCGAUUCACGAGCGACAUCAACAAGAUCGACUCUGGCAUUCCGUUUGUGCUACAAAUGUUCGUCGUUACCAUCACACGCACGGUUUUCACUUUGUUGGUGAUAAGCUUGGCGAUCCCAGCCUACGCCUUGGUGAUCUUGUUCCUAUCGGCGAUAUACGUCUACUACGAGAUUUACUAUGUUUCCAUCUCGAGAGAACUCAAGCGCCUAGUGAGUGUCUCGAGAUCUCCCAUCUACGCCCACUUGGGCGAGAGCUUGAACGGCAUAGAUACAAUCAGAGCAUAUGAUCAAAAGGAACGGUUUGAUUACAUCAUGAACAAAGUCGUGGACUUUAAUCUUAAAUCCGUGUACAUGCUCACGUCCAUUAACCGGUGGUUGAACUUUCGGUUGCAGUUUGUGGGAGGGUUGGGCGUGUUGGCCGCGUCCUUGAUGUCAGUUUUCAGUCUCAAGACAUCGCAUCCGCUCAGUGCUUCCAUGGUUGGGUUCAUAAUGACGUAUGCGUUGCAAGUCACUGGAUCGUUGAGAGCCGUUGUGCGCGCGUCUGCAGAGGUGGAGUCCAGCAUCGUUGCCGUUGAAAGGUGCUUGGAGUAUCUUGAGUUGGACGAGGAAGAAGCCAAAGAAGACCCAACUCGCUUGGUGCCACCGUUGAACUGGCCCCAUAAUGGAGCAAUAGAGUUUGCAAACUUCUCCACUCGAUAUCGCAAGAAUCUCGAUUUGGUCUUGAAAGAUAUCAACUUAAGCAUUGCAAAGCACACGAAAGUUGGCGUGGUGGGAAGAACCGGGUCGGGAAAGUCCUCGUUGGCGCUUUCCAUCUUUAGGAUCAUUGAGCCUGUUGAGGGAAAGAUUGCAAUCGAUGAUAUCAACACCAGCGCCAUGUCGCUCUACGACUUGAGACACCGACUCAGCAUCAUACCGCAGGACUCGCAGUUGUUCGAAGGCACAGUUCGGCAAAACUUGGACCCGUUCAACUACUACACCGAUGCAGAAGUGUGGAGAGCGUUGGAGCUCGCGCACUUGAAAGACCAUGUGCUCAAAAUGAAGAGCAACGAUGAUACAACAGACGACAGCGACAAGCUACUCAACAAGGUGAGUGAAUCGGGCUCAAACUUCUCUUCGGGCCAGCGUCAACUAAUGUCGCUAGCUCGAGUCUUGUUGAAGAUGCAGGAUGCCAAUGUGCUAGUUCUAGAUGAGGCCACCUCUUCUGUCGAUUACGAAACUGACAGAAUCAUCCAAGAGACAAUCCGCACCGAGUUUAAAGAUAAGACGAUCAUCACGAUUGCCCACCGUCUAGAGACUGUGAUGGAUAACGAUUGCAUCAUCGGCUUGGACCGCGGUGAGUUGGUGGAGUUUGAUACCCCGCAAAAUCUAAUUGACUCGAAGGAGGGAGUUUUCUACGAGUUGUGUAGACAAGGAGGGUAUAUCAAGGAAUAG